AUGUUCAUGGACAGCGGACGCGUUUGCCCGUUUAGCGAAAACACAACAAUCGCGUCCGCCUGCUUUCAAAUCUUUCGAAAAAAUUUUUUAAAACCUAACACGAUCGGUAUUAUACCUACGGGUGGUUACAGAUGGGCUCACAAUCAGUCAAAAAAAGCGAUCUCUUGGCUCGUGUGGAUGGAGCAUUCUUUAAAUCGUCGUAUCAUUCACGCAGGACGCUCGCGCGAGUUUAAAUUGCUUCAAAAUUUAUUAGUAGACGGUUACUACAAAACACCUGAUUCAACCCACGUGUUACAGUUUCACGGUUGCUAUUGGCACGGGUGCUUGAGCUGUUUCACUGUAAACAGAGACCGUGCACAAAGCGACGGUGAUACAUUGAACGAGCGUCUCGAGAGAACAAACGCUAUAUCGCAGAGAAUCCGCUCAAGCGGCUACACGUUAACCGAGAUUUGGGAGUGCGCGUAUGACCGGAUGAUAAAAACAGAUUUAGAGAUGAGCGCUUUUGUGAGUGAUCACCCUCUGGUUCGAGCGGAGCCUCUCAAUCCGCGCGAUGCUUUUUUCGGUGGUCGCACGGAAAACAUGGUCACUCUGUACGAUGUGAAAGACGGGGAGCAGAUACGAUAUGUUGACGUUUGCUCUUUGUACCCAUACAUCUGCAAGUACGGUAAAUAUCCGGUGGGCCAUCCAACGGUAUACGUCGGCGACGAGUGCAGGGCGCUGACAGGUCCCGAAAAUAAUAUCAGUCUUUCCCGCGUCGAGGGCUUUGUUAAAUGUACAGUGCUUCCACCGCAAAAUCUUUAUCAUCCGGUGCUGCCGGUGCGAAUGCACCAGCGCUUGUUAUUCGGGUUAUGUCGUAGCUGCUGCGAAACAAUGAACCAGGACGCGUGUCCUCAUGAAGACCCCGCGGAGCGUGUAUUUAGCGGUACUUGGGUGGUGGAUGAAUUGCGAAAAGCUAUUGCGUGCGUGUAUAAAAUAUUAACCGUGAGCGAGAUUUGGCAGUAUGAGAUAACGCAGUACAACCGCGAUACACAGGAGGGGGGCCUUUUCACCGGGUACAUAAACACUUUUCUUAAAAUCAAACAAGAGGCUAGCGGUUGGCCCGAGGGUUAUACAGGUGACGAGGCUGCCCAAGAGCGUUAUAUAACUUCUUUUAAGACAGCCGAAGGGGUUCAGCUGGAGCGGGGUGCGGUAGCGAAAAACCCGGGGCUGCGCUCGGUAGCCAAACUUUGUCUUAACUCCUUUUGGGGUAAAUUUGGACAACGCGAAAAUUUACCACAAACAGAAAUAGUGUCGACACGCGAAAAACUUAUGGAGUUGCUAAACAGCCCCGAGCACGAGAUCACUGGUAUGCUACCUGUUAACAACCAGGUGCUGUAUGUUAAUUAUACGAAAACGGAUGAUGCUGUAAUACCGUCUAAUAUAGCAAAUACUGUCAUAGCUGCAUACGCCACAGCCCAAGCCCGUUUAAAACUUUACACCUAUCUCGAACCGCUGGGUAAGCGUGCUCUGUACUGCGACACCGAUUCCGUUAUUUAUGUCACGAGAAAAGAGCCUGGAGAGUAUGAACCGCCAACGGGUCAAUUGCUAGGGGAUUUAACCGACAAGCUAAGCUCUUACGGCGAGGGCAGUUACAUUAAGUCUUUCAUCUCAGGCGGCCCUAAAUUUUAUUCUUUCAUAGUUAAUACACCGAGUGGCGCGGAAAGCGAGGUUUGCAAGGUUAAAGGCAUAACGUUGAAUUACGCAAACAGCUCGCUGAUAAAUUACGAAUCAAUACUGUCAUUUAUAAUAGGUGAGAGAGAAAAUCCUGUUGUGCUACAGUUUGAUUCAAUACGUCGUACGCCGUUCCACCAGGUUGUCACACGACCCGAAAAGAAAUCGUGCAUGCCUCUGAACGUCAAGCGAAGACGUGAUGGCGAAUACGGCUCGCUCCCUUACGGCUACAAAUAA